AAGACGUGAGACGAUCAGCAUCAUUAAUGCAACGAAGCCAGAGGAAACUGAGUUGGGGAACAGUGGGUUAAGGCAGAAUGAUUCCUGGCGAUAUUGAGGAAGAUCUGAAGUUGUCGAGUUACGGAAGCUCCACGCCAAGUGGGGAUCAAGCACAUCCUCCCACAUCGCGAGACGCUGGAACCCACUGCGUUUCAGAGUUGUGACGAGCAUCAACCUGAGGAUUAUUUCCCCAACACGCCACGUUCGCAAUCAUUGUCAUAAUUGCGACAUUUCAACUCCUUCUGUAUUGAGUUUUGAUCGGUCCAUCACAUUAGAAUCUCUCCUACGCGCGCCUACUUGAUUGACUGCCACAUUCACUAUGCUCAAAUCAUUUCUUACACUAUCUCUCGUAGUUCUUCUCGCAACAGCGGCCUUAACUGAGAACUACACAUGUCCCCAACAUCUUUACAGCGUUCAGAUCUUCUCCGAAGACCCACUCAUCAUUUACAUACCUGACUUCCUGACUACAAGCGAAGCCCAACACCUCGAGUCCGUAUCCGCGGGACGCUUCACCUCCUCACAAAUCGCCGAUCAAUCCGGCCAACAGCAACUUGCGUCGACUCGCACAUCAAGAUCGACAUCACUACAUAGCGAUGAAGUAGUAAGAUGCAUCGAAGAGCGCGCGCUGCAAUUCCAAGGUUAUGAUAUCCCGCGCACGCAUCUGGAGCCUCUACAAGCAGUCCAGUAUAGCCUCGGAGAGAAAUAUGCGCCGCACACGGAUUGGUUCACUUCACCGCUCCAGACAACCUCGGAGUAUGGCGGCAAUCGGCUUUCGUCCUUCUUCGUGUACAUCAGCACAUCUGAUGAUAUCGUUGGCGGUGGGACACAGUUUCCACUGCUCGAUGCACCGAACGACGAGCGAUGGUGCAAAUACGUGAAUUGCGAUGCUGGCUGGGAGGACGGCGUAACUUUUCGACCGAUUUCUCGAAACGCAGUGUACUGGCGCAACCUUCGAGGCGGGAAGGCUGGCAAAGGGAGGAUGGGUGACCGGAGGACAUUGCACUCUGGACAGCCGGUGCAGAGAGGGAAGAAGCUCGGUAUGAAUAUAUGGACGAGAGAGACUGAGUUGCACAGAAUGUAUAGAAGUGAGGUAAUUUGAAAGAUGGAAGGAAGAAACCGAGAUGGCGUAACAAGGUGAGAUCUCAGGAAAU